UUCCUUUUUAGAAUUUUGUGUCUUGAAGAUGUCUUCCGGGGGUUGCUAAGACGUUGUUCUAUCAGUGACUUCUCAGGAAUUUUUGCAUGUGAUUUGAGAGUGGGUGGUUUUGGAUUGUUUUGAUUUUUUUUUCUGUCCGAAAUCGGGGAGGCAUGCGAGCGAGCGGCUGCAACGUGCUGAUCAUUGCAGUGGUGAUCGCUGCUGUCGCUCUCUUAGAGCGGAUGCCUGGAGUCGGAUCUAUGGAAGAUAUAGAAGUCGAUGCCACACAAGUAAAUAACUGGGCCCUUAGUUUUGGAAAAUCUAUCAUUGGUGGUAGUAUACAAGCAACUUGCCUACAGUCAAUAAAAAAUAAUUUUCAGAAACUAGGUGCUACUGUAGAAUGGGUAGAUGCUACUCAAAUGAUAGAAGAAAUGCGAGUUGAUGUCCAAAAUGUUCUAUCAUGGAAGAAACUUGCAGUUGAGAGAAUAGCAGAAGUAGCUGAACAUGCUGCUGCAGGUCAUCAGCAUGACAAAAAUAUCAAAUAUGAAUAUUACAAUGCAAAAAUGGAAGAAGAAAAGGAAAAAAAUGAAAUUUUGAGUGAAAUUGAUAGUAAUGACAUCAUUAGUGACCCUAAACCUCGGAAAAGUAUACGUGACCUUGAAAUGAAGCCACACCGAAAUUUUGCCAAUGCUCCAGUUAAUUUUAAGCAUAGUUCUGUACAUAUUCCUACAAAUGUUUAUGAUCGAGAUCCCAAAGUUCUAAAUGCAGUCAAAUGGUCUGAAUACCUUACUCCUGCUUUUAGAAAUAAUCUUGCGGUUGAUCCUUCGUUAAACUGGCAAUAUUUUGGCAGCAGCACUGGAUUUCUUAGAACCUUUCCAGCUACAGCCUGGGCUAAAGAAGGGAGAGAAAAGCCAGAUUUAUAUGAUUGCCGCACCCGUUCUUGGUAUGUUAAAGCUGCUGCCUCAGCUAAAGAUAUUGUUAUACUUGUGGAUGGAAGUGGCUCCAUGACCGGUAUUCGGAAAGAAAUAGCACGAAAUGUUGUUACAGAUGUUUUGUCUACAUUAACUGAAGAUGACUAUGUAACAGUUUUAAGGUUUUCGGAAGAUGUUUCACCUGUCGUUCCGUGUUUUGAAAAUUCUUUAGUUCAAGCAAAUGAGGAAAAUAUACGGGAAUUUUUAACCCAUAUGAAAAAGAUUGAAACAGCAAAUAUAGCCAACUUUACUCUUAGUUUGAUUACAGCUUUCGAAUUAUUACAAAGGUAUAAUCGUUCAGGACUUGGAACACAAUGUAAUCAAGCUAUUAUGAUUAUUACUGAUGGUGCUCCCAACACCUUUGAAGAUAUAUUUAGACGAUAUAACUACCCAAACAUACCAGUUCGUGUUUUUACGUAUUUAAUUGGGAAAGAAGUUACUGAAACUCAUGAAGUAAAUUGGAUGGCCUGUGCAAAUAAAGGUUAUUAUACUCACAUGGCUACUCUAUCUGAAGUUCGAGACAAAGUUCAGAAAUAUGUUCCUGUUAUGAGUAGACCCAUAGUACUUUCUGGGUCACGACCAUUUAUUUGGACCUCUGUUUAUGCUGAUGCAACUGAUUUGACUCUAGCAGAGUGGGAAGAUAGGGAAUUUGAACGUAUUCGUCGUAAACUCAAUAUCAUGCGCCGUGAAAUGUGGUUUGCUUUGCAAGAGGAUGAUGAACCAGAUGAUUCAGAUACUACUCCUGAACCCUUGAUGGAAGCAAGAGAAAUAAGGCCUUUGCAGUUAAUGACUACAGUGGCUACUCCUGUAUUUGACAAAAGAAAUGUAAGUUUGAAAACAGCUACAUUAUUAGGUGUAGCUGGAACAGAUGUUCCUAUAAGAGAAAUCACAAAAUUAACAAGAGCUUAUAAGAUUGGUGUAAAUGCUUAUUCAUUUGCAAUAACAAAUAAUGGCCAUGUGCUGUUCCAUCCAGAGCUCCGACCAUUAUAUCAAGAUCUUUUAAAACCUGGGUAUAGAAACGUUGAUCUGACAGAAGUUGAGCUAGUUGAUACAAGCACUUCUCUUUAUGAAUUUGAUGAAACCUUACAUACAAUUCGCAAAAAUAUGGUGGAUAGACGAAUUGGAUGGGGGAAAAUGUCUGUGAAAGUUCCCAGUGAUAACUUUAAACGAGUUGUUACUAGAAAUAACUCAUAUUAUUAUGGUCCUGUAGAUGACACUCCUUUUUCGCUUGCAGUGUCCUUGCCUGAGCCAUAUGGACAUUAUCGUGUUAUUGGCCAGGUGGAAGUGAAAAGGAGGGAGGAAGACUGGUUACAGUAUUUUGAAGGUCCGAAUUGGAGGGUACAUCCAAAUUGGGUUUAUUGUGAAAAUCCUCAAAAAGAGGAUGAUGGAUAUACCACUCCAGAAGAUAAUAUUCGAAUGUUCCUAUCAGAUACUCUCUCAAAUCAAAAUUUCAGGUGGAGAACAAGUAGUACCCGUCCACCCAUUUUUGAUAAACCUAUCUGUGAAAAAGAUUUAAUUCAAAGUCUUGUUUUUGAUGCAAAAGCCACAUCAGUUAACCAUAAGAAAUGUUUUGAGGAAAUGAAUGAAGAAAAGAUGAUAAAGAUGUUUGGAAUCACUGUUUCAUUCGUUGCAACAAGAAGUGGACUGUUAAGAUUUGUUGACUUACGGCAUGAGAAUGUUAAGUUUAAUGGAACUGAAAAACCCAUUUUUGAAAUGCAUACAAAAGCAACUGAAGAAGAGUUUUAUAAGAGAGCAGUCGAUUUUCACAAUAUAAAUAGCUCUGCAUUUGUAUUUUCAGUUCCAUAUGAUGCAGGUAACAGGAAAACCAGCUUAGUUACUGGGAGUCAUGCCAUAUUUCUUGGUUCUGGAAAGAAACAAGCUCCUGCAGCUGUUGUUGGGUUACAGUUUCAACAUUCAACAUUUUCUGACAGAUUCUUUGAUACAACUUCAAAGUGUUUGAAAAACUGCAAGCACAAGUGUAGAGAUGAGGAACUAGACUGCUUUCUUUUGGACAACAAUGGUUUUAUUAUUGUGUCAGAAAAGCAUGACCAGACUGGAAAAUUUUUCGGGGAAAUUGAUUACACAUUAUUUGAUUCUAUGAUUGAAAUAGGAAUUUAUAAAAGGGUACAUGUGUUUGAUUAUCAAGCAGUAUGUUUAGAUAUUGAUCCAAGUUAUGGAUUUGCACCAUUUCUUCUCACUGGGCAGGAGGUUCAACACCAGGAUAUUUUUGACGAAAAUCAAGCUAAACAGUUUGUUACAAACUCGCACUUCGCAAAGCGUAGAACACAAUACGAUUUUUGUUGUGCAAUCACCAUUUUCACGAACACUGAAAUGAUGGGUGAAGAAAGAGGGCUAGCACUACCUGUUGGCAACUCCUUGAAACUUGAGAUUUCCCCAUUCUAA